AUGGCCCAAUGUUCUGCUGUCAUGCUCCAGGAUGUCAGCUUACCAGUAACAGUCAUCAUUCGCGCCCUCCCGCCGCAGGGAAUGUCGUGUAGUGCACGCCGAGCUCGACCGAGCAGGUGUUCGGCCACCCCGCCCUUCCUCUCCAGCGACCCCUCUCGGCAGACCCUCCCGCCCCAGUGCUGCCACUGUGCACACGCCGAGCUCGGCCGAGCAGGUGUUCGGCCACCCCGCCCUUCCGCUCCAGCGACCCCUCUCGGCGGACCCACCCGCCCCAGUGCUGCCACUGUGCGCAAGCCGAGCUCGGCCGAGCAGGUGUUCGGCCACCCCGCCCUUCCUCUCCAGCGAGCCCUGUCGACG